AUGAUGAUUACCAGAGGAAUUGAUCAGAUUGGAUUGAGUACUAUUAUCCUUGUGUUAUUGAUCGCUAACACAGAAGAAUUUUGGCGAGAAGACAAUUUACCCUGUAAAAAUCUUGGCAAUUUUUGUCGUAAAUUACCUUUUGGCCAACGAUGCUGUGAUACAACAGUGUGUGAUUUAAAAGCACCAUUCUCUGGGAUUUGUGUACGAUGUUUACAAAAAGGCCGAUUUUGUUUACGCAGUCGUGAAUGCUGUGACAAUUAUUGUUUCUUCUUUAAAUGUCGUUAA